AUCAGCCCCCUAGCCCUCCACACCCUUGCCAACAAGCUUUCUCUGAGCCUUGUCUGGCGUGUGUAUGUGUAGGGGGGCUUGGGCCCUGAGCUCCCCCAGCAGUCUUUGAGAAGGUGGGGAAGGAUGGGACCAGGACCUCAGAGCCCCCCUUCCACCCCAGCCCCUGUCAGGUCAGGUCAGAAUCCCAUGUGCUAAGGUGCUGUGUAUUCUCGGCAGAGCUGGGACUUUGCUUUCUCACCUUUUAAUUAGACCUAGUUAGCGGGAGGCUGGGGUGCUGAGGAAGGGAGGCCUGUGGACAGAAAAGGGGCUGACUUCAGCCUGGGGUUCAAGUCCCCUCAAGUUCUCCAGGGUGCUAUUCAUGCUGAGAUGGGAGAGUGGAGAUGGCUUAGGCUGGGUGGAGGGGUCGUUUACCUGCUUGGCCCCUCCCUGCCUCUCUCUUGGCUCUGGUUCAGGCAGAGGAGGGAGGGGGGUGCAGUGGGGUGGUUGUCAGGUUCACACUCCUGCCCCAGGUGACAGGAAAGGCGGUGUCCUCCCCAUCCCCCUGACCGGCAGAUGGCUGGCUGCACCUGGCGCCCUGAAGACCUAUAGAAGCAGGGCAAGGAGGGCGGGUAGGAGCCCUGCCCCAUACUGGAACAUGGAGCCUCAGUGGUUCCCAUUCCUGCCUUCUCCCUAGGCAACAGGCCUGGGCUGGGCUGGGGGUCAUUGCAGUGGGGACCUGGGGUACAGAAGGCCUAUGUCCACUUUGCACCGUGGCGUGACCUUUGCCACGCCUGCCAUCUGACCUGUAUGUCUCGGUGUCAUUAGUUAGAACCAUCCCCAAAUCCAUUUCCAACUCCCCAACCCUGCACAGAGCAAACUGCCCUUUAAGCAGUCCCUGAAAUCACAGUGAAAACAGACCCUCACUCGGGGCCAUGGGAGGUCCUCAGUGCCCCGCUCACAAGUCACUGGGUCCCCUGGUGAACCCCAGGAAGAGCUGAGAAGACUGAGAAUGGCCUUCCCAAGCAAACACGCUGACUCCCACUCACAGCAGAACUGCCCCGUCUGUUUGUGAGACUCUAACGGUUGCUGUGAGUGGAAAGGCUUCUCGUUCUUCCUCGGAGCAGCUGGUGGUUUUGAACUGCUGACCUUGUGGUUAGCAGCCCAAUCUAAGUACUGACAAUGCUACCAGGGUGCCUCCUUCUUCACUUCAAAUAAGUGGCUGCAAUGUUCUCAUGGGCAGCCCAUGUGGAGCUGGGUGAAGAGGAGCAGAUGGGCACAGGCCCUCCCUGUGCUUCAGGGGAGGGGAUGCUGGAUGAAGUUGGAUGGAUUGGUGGGCCCAGGAAAGGAGUGGCUGGGGACUUGGGAGAACAAAGUUCUGGAUGUGGACGGCACGAAGGUGAAGCUCCAGAUGUGGGACACGGCCGGUCAGGAGCGGUUCCGCAGUGUCACCCAUGCCUACUACCGGGAUGCUCAUGCACUGCUGCUACUCUACGAUGUUACCAACAAGGCUUCCUUUGACAACAUCCAGGACUGGCUGAGCGAGAUCCAGGAGCAUGCCCAGCGCGACGUGGUGCUCAUGUUGCUGGGGAACAAGGUGGACUCUACACACGAACGCGAGGUGAAGAGGGAGGACGGCGAGAAGCUAGCCAAGGAAUACGGGCUGCCCUUCAUGGAGACCAGCGCCAAGAGCGGCCUCAACGUGGACCUGGCUUUCACCGCGAUAGCCAAGGAGCUGAAACAGCGCACCACCAAGGCCCCCAGUGAGCCCCGCUUCCGGCUGCAUGAAUAUGUCAAGAGGGAGGGCCGAGGGGGCUCCUGCUGUCGGCCCUGACCUGGUGGUUGCCCCCCAGAAUGGGCCUGGCCCCUUCCAUGCCUGUCCCAGCACACCUGCUUCAAGGAGCCAGCGGCUACACAGCCCGUCCCCAAGCUAGUGCGGCUGGGGUGGACACCUGCCUCAGGCUGUCUGGCCUUCUGCUGCCUCCUGCUGGACACCCGGCCAAAGUGCACCGUGCCUAACCUGGACAAGCUUGUUUUCAGUCAUGCGCAUCACGGGGACACCGAAUGGCAGAACCAGCCUUGCAGGGGAAUCAGCCGCUCCACGGCUGAUUCCUGGUCAUCAUCUGGGCUGGGGCUGCUCCCAACUCCACCUGCUAGGUACGGUGUCAACACUGUCUUCCUUUGUGUCGCCCGGAGCCACCAAGGCUCUGUGAUACAAGGACAUCAUUUGGUCAUUCAGAAAGAAUCCAGGGAAACCUGGGAUGGGAGUCCCAUGCGCCCACCAGCAAGUCUUUUGUCAGUGCCAGUGAAUAAAGUGUGCUUUCCGGAAUGCCUCCAUCUGCCAUAGAACCCCCAAGCCCUGGGUCGGGGUGUCAGCAAAGCCCGGGCUCUGAUUUCACAGAAUGUACAGUCUCCUCCCCAAAGGCCAAGACCCAUCUUCUCUGCGGCUAACCCCAAGCUCCUUAGGGAACCCAAGGCCACCCUGGCUGUCAGCAACCUCUCAAGACACACUUCCAGACUGAGAGGACCCCGAAAAGAACAAAACCUCAUCUUUUGGGGCUCACAGCUGAAAACUGGAGACGGGACCCCCAAAAGAUGUUAUGAGGGAGAAAUAGCUUCAACCACUUGAGAUAAAAAAGGCAGGCUUUGUCCUGGACAAAGCUCAGGGAACUGGGUGAACGUGAUGAUUUGCAGUGGAUGAGUCAAGAGUCAAACAUGCACAGAUUGCUGGAUGUAAACCUGAUACGUGCUCUGUACCCCUUCACCCCACGCCCAAUAAAGUAAAGGAUGCUCACUGCACCUCCACCUGGGACUAGGACCCUCUGGGGGUGUAGGUAGCACAAAAGUCACACUGA